GCCGCCCCUCCUGGGUCGCGGUGGUACGGCUAGGAAGUUAUCAAGGGGAGGGCGGUUCCCAGAAGCAUCACCCCUAACUGGGCUGAAUUGGUACGGCCUGGAGGAUACCAAGGGGACGACCGUGAGAGGGUGCCGUUAUCCAGAAGCACCUGCCCCGCUGGCCGAGAUGGUACGGCCCGGAAGGUGCCCAGAGAACAACCGCGAGGGGGCUCCAUCGCUCAGCAGCACCACCCCAGCCUGGGCCGAGGUGCUGCAACACGGAGGGGACCAAGGCUGCGGGGGCCGCCAUCGCCCAGCUGCACCACCCUCGCCUGGGCCACGCAUUACGGCCCGGAGGGUACCAAGGCCGCGAGCCGCCAUCGCCCAGCUGCACCACCUCCACCUGGGCUGAUGAGGAUAAGAACUGCCUCUCGUGAAAGUGCCUUGAGUCACAGAGACAGAAAGAAGACGGCGGUCAGAGCCAGGGAGGGCAGCUGGGGUCCCAGUGGGCCUGGCUGAGCUGGACCUGCUGGGUUCUAGGCCGCUGCCCCCGGCCUCCAUGCGCAAUGCCAGCACAGCCGCUGAGGGGCUUCACUGCACCCGGGAACAGGCCUUCUGCACAGGACUGCUGCUCUGGCCAGUGACCAGCGCUCCAGCCCACGCCCCUCUCGGUGUCACCAUGGCUGCCACUUCUGUCCCUGGGUCCCUGACCCGAGCCCUCUGCCACCCCUGAGAUGUCGGCGUCUGCGAAGCCCCCAGCCCUGGUGGAGCUGGACCCGGGCCCUGGCGAGAAGCCUGGGGGACGGCCGCUCCUGGCCUGGGCCCCCGUGUUCAGCCACCGGAGUGAGAAGAUCGCAUUGGGCCAGAGCGAUGGCAGCCCGGAGGAGCAGGUGCUCACGGUCACCGUCACGGAGACUACCGUCAUCGAGGCAGACCUGGGCGUUUGGGGCGCCCGUGCCCUGACCUACCUCACGCUCUGGUUCUUCUUUAGCUUCUGCACCCUGUUUCUCAACAAGUACAUCCUGUCCCUGCUGGAAGGGGAACCCAGCAUGCUAGGGGCUGUACAGAUGCUCUCAACCACGCUUAUCGGCUGUGUUAAAAUAUUCGUUCCCUGCUGUUUGUAUCAGCACAAAACUCGGCUUUCUUACCCACCCAAUUUCAUCAUGACCAUGCUGUUCGUGGGCCUGAUGAGGUUUGCAACAGUGGUGUUGGGUCUAGUCAGCCUGAAAAAUGUGGCGGUGUCCUUUGCUGAGACCGUGAAGAGCUCGGCUCCCAUCUUCACUGUGAUCCUGUCACGGACGGUCCUGGGGGAACACACUGGGCUACUGGUCAACCUUUCCCUCAUCCCGGUCAUGGGUGGCCUGGCACUGUGCACUGCCACCGAGAUGAGCUUCAACUUCCUGGGGUUCUCAGCCGCCUUGUCCACCAACAUCAUGGACUGUUUGCAGAACGUUUUCUCCAAAAAACUCCUGAGUGGGGACAAAUACAGAUUCUCGGCUGCGGAGCUGCAGUUCUACACUAGCACAGCGGCCGUGGCUAUGCUCAUCCCAGCCUGGAUCUUCUUCAUGGACCUGCCGGUGAUCGGGAGGAGCGGGAGGAGCUUCCGCUACAGCCAGGACGUGGUGCUGCUGCUGCUGGCUGACGGCGUGCUGUUCCACCUGCAGAGCGUCACGGCCUACGCCCUCAUGGGAAGGAUCUCCCCUGUGACCUUCAGCGUUGCCAGCACUGUAAAGCAUGCCCUGUCCAUCUGGCUCAGCGUCAUCGUUUUCGGUAACAAAGUCACCAGCCUGUCGGCUGUGGGCACCGUGCUGGUCACAGCUGGCGUCCUACUCUACAAUAAGGCCAAGCAACAACAGCGCGAGGCCAUGCAGAGCCUGGCCUCGGCCACCACCCAGCCCCCGGAUGGCAGCUCCGAGCUGCUGCUCCCCCAGGACCCCCGGCCACACCACUGAGUCCCAAAGCCAUGGGGGCACCACACCACACCCUCUUCGCUGACAGGGGAACCCCUUUGCCUCUCCCUCCCCGUGGACAAUGGGUGUGGGACCACCUGGCUCUAUGGGUCACAGUCAUUGUGGGAGGCAAGGUGGGCAGCCUUUCCAGCUUUUUUCUGGGGCUGUCAGAACUGGCAGGAACUUGAAUUUGGUUGGAGAACACAGCUGCCACUGAGCCACGGCUGAGCCCCCUGACAACCUCUGGCAGCCUCUGCGCACCCCAGCAGCCGGGCCAGGCCCCAACUCCUCUGUGAAUGAUGACCACUUGGGACAGCUAUGAAGCUGGAGCUGUGUCCAGGUGCCAGUGGGCACCCCCUCACUUGGAGCCAGUGUGGGGAACCGGCUCCAGCAUGUCAGCCAUCAGCAGCUGCUGGAGUCCACCCUGCUCCUUGGCCACUGGGGGCUCUGCUGGGCUUGGCAGAGUGGCACGGGACAGAGGGGUAAGAACCUGGGGUUCCCUGCUCCUGAGGACAGGGCGUCUAUCUCCUCUACCCAAGGCGGAGCUGUUGCAUCACUACUACUUAGGGAAGGUGGGCUGCCCCUCCCCGCAUCUGCUAUGCUGAGCCUCCCACCUCCAGAGUGUCCUGUCCCUUGUGGGCAGCCAGGUUGCCCCCCCUGACACACCGAGACCCAGAUGUGGUUUCUGGCCUGAAAGCUGCAGGUAGAUGACCACAAGGCAGGGAGGGCGUGUGUCCCUUCUGUUCCCGUACUCGUAGGUUAGAGGCAGGCUCUUCUAAAGGGGCUCCGGGAGCCCUGUUUCCGCCCAGCCAGUCUGGAGCCUCCUGGUCUCAUUGACAAGGGUGUUAGGAUUUCCCCCUCGUGAAUGAUGAGCAGGACAAAUGUGGAGUGUUUACACUUUUGUUAUGCUGCAUGUUAAAUGACAGUGUAAGUUUUAAAAGGAAACACAGGUACAGAUGGCUUCUGAAAUGCAUGGAGUGUGCUGGGUAAACCAGUCAGACCCAUGGCCCAGCCUGGCCCUCCUCCCACAGGGCAGCCAGCCAGCCAGCCAGGUGUUUGAGGCUCCACCUCUCUCUUUACUCCUCGCUCCACAUCCUGUUGGAACUUCUGGUCAGGGUGGAGCCCCUCUCCCACAUACCAGACCUGAGCUCUGGGACUUGUCAGGCAUAGCCCAACUCAGGGGCCGCGGGCUGGCCACCUGCCCGUCUCUAGCCGGCCUGUGGGAUGGAGCGAUCCGAGGGCACAAGUGGCCCACGAGUCUUGGGAACAAUCCCUGCUGUCCAGGCCCUGGCGCCUUAAUUGCUUCUCUGGUUUUCUGGUUGGCUUCUCAACUGGAAAAUAUAAACCAGCCCUUCCUGGAGAGCAAGUCUCUUGGAAACAAAGAGCAAUAAGUGCGUCUCAUUAAGUUCUGCCAACUUUGAAAGUCUGUCCUAAUGAGGGGUUAAAAAUGGGGCCUUUUAACUACAAACAACCUUUUAUGAAGCUGACCUUGUUGCUCAGAGAUCGGCAGGUCAUGCGCAGCUUCCCCCACAGGGUAGCAGGCUUCUUUCCCAGGUUUCCCCUCUUUCCUCUGCUUACCCCUAAACAAAGCUAAAGAGGAUGCCAGGGCAGUGGUUGGGGCAGCACAUUGCUCUGUGAGGACCAGAGGGAAAGCACCACUUCUGGGGGGCUCUUGCCUCUGCCUUCAGACUGGGGCCACAACACCUGCAGCUGCUGGCGAGACAUGAAGAAGGGGAGCAUGUGUGUCGCCAGCUGGAGACUGUCAUCUGAGAGUGAUCAGGUGCCAGCUGCUUGUGUCUGAGUGUUGUUAGGGGGCUGUUGAUUUUCCAGAUUUGGGGACCAGAAAGAUUUUCCUCAAUUAUUAGUAAAUGAGGCAGUUUCUAGCAAAGCUGCUUUAGGGGCAUCUCCUCAUCCCCAGCAGGGAGUCCGGGGCCUGGCACCCACAGGACACAUGCUGUGGCUGCAUUCCGUCCAUUGACUCUGCCCCAAGUCGUCCACAUGGUGGGCGUUUCUGGGAGGAGACUCAAACCCCACAGCCUGCGUGGGCGUUUGCUUAAUAACUGUACAGACAUGUUUUUAAAUUAACUUUGUCGAGUAGUUUUCUAAUAUGUUCCUUUCACUGAACCGUCACAGGCCAGCUUGUACCAACGCCAACACUAGGUCCAUUUCCUCUGGGUCCGUGGUCGUUGUCCAUGUCUUUGUAAACAAACUCGUGAACCAGGCUUCCAACUCUGGUCAUCUGCUUGCUUAUGUCAAUACUUAAAGAUCUCUGGCUUUCAAGGAAAUUUCCACUGUUGAGUGGCAUGAAAGGCUUUUAAAAAAAAAAAAAAAAUUCUGAUAGUCAUAACUUCCUGCAUAUUAGCAUUAAAAUCAUCUGCCUUGGAAAGCUGAGAGUACACUUGCAUAAUCCAAAAUGUGUCUUUAAUUUGUAAAUCACACAAUAAAAAAGUGCCGCACAAAGAGUAAGCCACGUGGAACCGCACUACCCGCAGGCCCUUGAUAUACUUGCCCCAAACCGAGGGACUUUGCCUCCCGUGUGGCACUGACUGUCCUGUGGAUGGUCAUUUAUAGACAGGUCAGCAGAGACCACAAAAACGCAACAUGACUUUUUACAUCUGUCCAGGGGAUGUGCUUCCUGAGGCCUGGAAGUAUUUUCACUAUUUACCUAGGUUGGAAAAAUUAAACAAGGAUGCUAUUACAGGUAGAAACCCUCUUCUGUUUGCCUGUGACCAAUGUUGUAGUAAGGGCUCUGUUCUUUUCCAGAAUACGUUCAUGCCCUGGUUGGGACCUUUUCAUUUUCCUAGCUUAUAAUAAGAACGCUCCUGCUUCCCUGAUGAGUUGGCCUGUUUCUCCUGAAGAGCAAAGAGCAGCCAGGUGGUUGUGCCGACCAUCACUUGGCUUGCUCACCCUGAUGCUCUGGAUAUAAAACCUUCCAGUUUUCUCUCUCUGUAGUAUUUCCUCCUCUUCUCCGGAGAGCUUGGAUGCUGCCAUUGCAUACUUGUCUAGAUGUCCAGACUGACUUGGGAAUUGUUCUAAUUGGCAUAGUCUUUUUUUUCCUCACUUUUAACUUGAGGGAAACUGGCAUUCAGUUGAUGUGCUGUUUCUAGACUGUAGAUGUGUGAGUUGAGUCUGAACCCACCCAGGGGGUAUUGUGGACCCACCAUUGCAGAGGGUCACAGUGAGGGUGACUGUCCCAUACUGAAAAACUUGAAAAUUAUAUGAAUAAACUGCCUAUAUCAGAACCAAAUUAUACUUGCUUUACACCCCCCCCCCCAAAAAAAAACCUGUGGAGAACUAAAAGUACAUUACUCAAAAUUUUAGUGUUUUUAUUUCACCUAUUCCAGUAUUUAUGCAAUUAGAUAAAUUUUUCCUAGAAAAAUGGUGGUUACAUAAUUUAGUGAGUCACUGUGUAUUCUGCUAUGGUAAUACAUCAAUGCUGUAUAACUAAUCCUGUGGAUGCCUACUGGUUGCUUUGUCCAAAUUAAGCUACCAUGGUAGCAACUGUCUAGGACUCUUGUUCUGGAAAAGUAAAAUAAAUGUUCAGUGUGUA